GCGGGGUAUGGAUGGUGGUUUUCGGCUGGUUUAAUUAUUUUUGCAUGUUGUUUUUUUAAAUUAUUCAGCAAUAGUUACGAAUAUUGAUAUAUUCUUGAAGUGAAUGUUUAAAAGGACACUAAUUGAAACAUGAACAAAUGCGAAUCAGAAGUCAUGUCAUUUCCAUCUGAUAUACUGUCUCAAGAAGAACAGGAUGAAAUAUUGCGAGAAAUAUCGGACAUCCCUGAUGUGAAUGAGAUGGUUCAUAUAUUGAGUAAUAAUUCAAAUAUAAAUGGUGAAAACGAUUUUAAUGAGGAAAAAGAAUAUAAGGAUAAGAUAGUUAUAGUGGUGCCUGCAAACGAACAUUCUAUACCCCCAAUUAUUUCCAACAUCUUGUCAAACGAAGAAUAUCCAGGUCCCUUUGAAUUCGAGGUCGAUAUAUGUCCAAACGGAUCAAAAAAUCCGUGGGUGUAUUCCCCACCCUUAAAUAAAAUAUUUAUGGAUAUGAAUAGUCCUUUUCCAGUCGAUUUCAAGAUAAAAAAUAGACCACAGAACUCAUUAUUUAUCAGAGUGACACCAGUCUAUAGCCUACCACAACAUUCCCAGGAUUUUGUUUAUAGAUGUAUUAAUCAUGAACAUCCAAUGGAAACGUCCAAUCGAAAUGUAAAAGAGAAUGUUCGACAACAUAUUAUUAGAUGUUCUAAUUCUUCUGCAAUAUAUUUAGGUGACAAGGAAAAAAGCCAACGUUUAAGUGUUGCUAUACCUUUAUCGCUACCACAGAGUGGAACAGAAAGUGUAAGAGAAAUGUUUCAAUUUGUCUGUAAAAAUUCCUGUCCAACACCAGGUAUGAAUAGAAGACCAAUUGAAGCUAUUUUUACACUGGAAGAUGUUUCAGGCCAUGUCCUGGGUCGUCAAACUUUAAGAGUUAGGAUAUGUUCUUGCCCUAAGAGGGAUAAAGAAAAAGAAGAAAAAGAGCACAGUGAUAAUACACGCCUUCCAAGAGGUAAAAAAAGAAAAGUUGAAAAAUCUGAAAAGAAACCAGUGGCUAGUAGCGAUGUUGAUAAUAAAGAAUAUAAGCUUACGUUGAACAUUGUUGGAAAACAUAAUGCCCAGCAAGUACUUAAAUACAGUCAUGACCUCAUGGCCGGAGAGUAUAUAAGACAUGGCAGUAAUGGAGGGGAAGUAUAUAAAAAUUGCUUAAAUGGAAUCAACAAUUUGAUGAGUAAGCCUCUGGAUUAAAGAGAUGUGGUGAUAAUUGCCUACAUUUUUUUAUUAAUAAAUUAGUUAUGAAAGUGAGGUCCGUUUUAAAAUUAAAAAGAAACGAAAAGAGAUCCAGCUUUAUUUUCUUUUUAUAUAUUAUAUUUUUCUUUCAUGCAUAUUUUAUAUAAUUUCAACUGUUUGUUUUUCACUGUGACAAAAGUCUGCCAGCAAUAUCUUAAUCUAGUUUGUCUUCAGUUUGUCUAAUUACAUUUUUCCAACAAGUCGAAUUAUUGUUUAAGGUCAAACGGUAUUUUGCAAAACCUUGAUGAUACUCAGUGUUGCCAGUGCAACGGAUUUUCUGCAAAAUUUAGUAAAUUCAAAUCUGAAUUAGUAGAUAAAUAUUUGAUUUAGUGGUUAAUGGAUUGUUGUUAUACAUAAUACAAUUUUUUAAAGGUUAAACUAUUAUGAGCCUGGGCUCAUAUUUAAUAGAAAAAUCUAUGAUUUUCUGUUGUGAGCUUUGUAGACUAAUAAAUAUUUUUGAGGUUAUAGUGGAAUUAUUUAUAAUUUCAUUUUUGUUAUUAAAUGGAAAAUAUACUUUUAGGUCCAUUAUCUAUUUUGAGCUUUUAGUGAAUUAGAAUCAUAAAUUUAGCAGAAGCAGUCAUUGGACUGUUGGCAACACUGAUGGUACUAGAUAAUAAGAGACAUCUUUUGUUUUUUAAUAAUCUUAAGUUUCAGUCACCCAGUAACAUAAUGUUUUUUCCUCAAUUGCCGGAAACAUCUAUUGUAAUAUCAAUUGUAAAUUACUAACAAACAGAAACAAUAAUUUACCUUGUUCCAAAAAAUAUAGCUAAUAAUUAGAUUAGGUAUUAUUUAUACUGAGGUACCACACAUGCUCAAUUCAUCAUCAUUGUCACAGUCGGCGACAGUUUUAAAACAGACCUUAAAAAACACAUUUAUACAUAGUAGGGAUAGAAGGAAGUACAAAUCGUAAUUUGAUGGUGUAGUACAUACAUAUUUGAUUUGAUGAAACAGGAAAAAAAUAGAUUUUGUUAUUGUAUUGUGUGCAAUAUCUUACUUUCGUAUGACUUUUUGUGUAUGGCAUUUCAAAGUUGCAAAAAAACUGUGAAAACAGAAAUAUGUGCACCACAUCAUCAAUAUAUUAAGUACAUGUCAUUUAUAUUAUAUAUUACUUUAUAUUUUUAUAUUAACUAUCUUAGAUAACUAUUUGUGAUUCCAGAUUUAUUUUUUGGAAUAACUAAUUUUUUAUAGGAUUAAGUUAUAUAUUUGUAAAUAUAUUUUUCUCUGAAAUGAUACUUUCCUUAUUUAAAAUUGUAUGUACUAUGGAAUAAUAGAGCUGGUGUAAUAAAUUUUUAAAUUGAUAAAUUACAAAUAUUAAUAUGGUGAUAGAAAACUUUAAAUUUGCAGCAUAUAUA